AUGUGGAAGUAUCCUUGGGCAAGAUUAGCAGAUGGCACCCUGUACGGCAGCUUGGCGACCAGUUUUUCAAAGUCCAUGGUGCUGAACGUGUACAGUGACUACAUCAAUAACUUCACCAACGCCAUGGCCCUGAUCAAGAAGGCCUGCAUGUCUAAACCUGCUUUCCUGGACUUUCUUAAGAAGAAGCAGGCGUCCAGUCCAGACAGGAUCACUCUGUACGGCCUGAUGGUCAAGCCUAUCCAACGCUUUCCACAGUUCAUUCUGCUGUUGCAGGACAUGUUGAAGAACACUCCAAAAGUCCACGCUGACCGGCUGCCCCUGCAGCUGGCUCUCACUGAGCUUGAGACUCUGGCGGAGAAACUCAAAGAGCAGAAGCAUCUAGCUGAUCAGGAGGCUGAGAUCCAGCAGUUAGCACACAGUAUGGGGGACCGCAACUUCAACAAGCUGCUGAACUCCGAACAGAGGCAGCUGAUUCACUGUGAACUGCUGACUGAAAUUGUUUAUGGUGAUAAAGGUCAAGUUCUCAAGUCAAAGCAGCGAAAGGUCUUCCUUCUCAACAACGCUUUGAUCUGUGUCAAUAAUAUCCUGAAGGGUCCCCCUGACAUCAGCAACCUGGUUCCUGUUGGUCCAAAGUACUCACUGAAGUGGUGUGUCCCCCUGCUGCAGACACAGGUGGUGGAGGUGGGACAGGACGGUGUGCAGAACAGGGACACUGGCAUCACAGCUAGACUCCACAGCUCCAACAUAUCAGCUGAUAAAGUAUUUCUGGGUGCUCCCAGACUGUACCAAGAGUUGGAGGAGCUGCAGCAUGACCUGGCUGUGGUGAAGGAGGUCUCAUUGCUGGUGGGCACACUGCAUGAAACCUACCAGAAUUUGAACACCACGGUGUCUCAUGACUGGUGCCUGGCUCUGCAAAGGCUCAUCCGUCUGAAGGAAGAGGAGAUCCAGAAUGCUAACAAGUGUCGCCUGCGUCUGUCUGUACCAGGCAAACCUGACAAGUCUGGGCGUCCAGUGAGCAUCAGUGUGGUCUUCAACACCCCCAGCCCUCUCAGUAAGGUCUCCUGGGUGAACAGGCUUCACUUUGCCAAGAUAGCUCAGAGACAGGAAAACACUCUAGGUUGGGAAUAUGCUGAAGAACAUGGGAAGACAAAAGCUCCAUUUGGGUGUCCACUGUUGACCUGCAAACUGCCUGUCUUCAAAACAAACACACUGAAGCUGCAGGCAGCUCUUCACAGUCCGUCUCAGUCCAGCCUGCUUGGUUUCUGCACUGCCAGUACAUCAUUACCACAGGGAUACCUCUGGGUUGCUGGUGGAGAAGGCAAUUUCAACCAUGGGCAAGUGGAGAUUUUCUCCCUGAACAGAGCCAUUCCUUGCCUGGUAAAGACUGUCUCACUGAGAGCUCCAGUCCUCUGUCUGGACUAUGUGAGCGAGCCGUGUCUCAGCACAGAAGGGAAGGAGACUGAGAAGGCCCAGACUGCAGCCAAGAUAGGAAACAUCAUCUGUGCUGGCCUGCAGGAUGGCAGCAUCUAUGUGUAUAGCAGUGUGGACACAGCUGCUGAGUGUCUGUUGACCUUGAUGAACCCUGACAGCUGUCCAGUCCUUGGCCUCAAACACUCGCUGUCUUUCCUCUUUGCUGGACUAGCCAAUGGCAAAGUAGCUGUGUACCACAGAAAGACUGAUGAGAAACUGUGGGAUGUGGACUCGUGUAGGCUCGUGCAUCUGGGCUCUGAGCCGGUCUGCAGUCUGCUAACACUUGAAGACACUGUAUGGGCCAGCUGUGCCAACCAAGUCACUGUCAUUCAAGGAUCCAGCCUUCACACACAGAGUUUUAAAGCCCACUCUGAUCCAGGCUGCAGUGUUAGCCACAUGGUUCGUUCAGGCGGGGGGGUUUGGAUGGCCUUCACCCAGGCCUCCUCCAUUCACCUGUUUCACACAGAGACACUGGAACCACUACAGGAAGUCAACAUCUUCACCCGCACCACCCAUCUGACACCAGGCAAGGCCAGACAAGAUAUCAACAGCCAGAAUCAAAUGAACAUGGAGUGUCAUGUUUGUGUCUCCAGCUUGCUGAUCUGCCAGGGCCUUCUGUGGGUAGGGACCAACCAAGGCAUCAUCCUCAGUUUCCCUGUGCCCACUCUGGAGGGCAUCCCCAAGAUUACAGGUAAGGGGAUGACAUCUCUCAAUGCUCACUGUGGUCCAGUGGACUUUUUGGUGUCGACCUCCAGCACCCUGGCAUCCAAUUUGCUCAGAUGGGACUCCAUCCUCAACAGCAGCGAGGAGAGUGCCAACAGAGAAGGAGGGGGAGGUGAAGGUGAUGGGAGAAAAGAUGAAGGCGAGCAGAGGUUGGAACAGAACAAAUACCCCCAGGAUUCACAGGGCCCUCCAGCUUGGGAGGAGAGGCCCAAGCAUCUUCUGCUGCAAUAUCGCCUUCACACCACCUGUCAGCUGCCAGGGAGGCUGCUGACAACCCAGUCUGAUCAGGGGAGCCACGGGUCCGCUGCAGACUCCUUGGAGCACGGCCUAGAGGAUGGCUCCAUCUAUGACGUAAGCGAGGACCCUGAUGUGUGGGUUAGGGGGGGGCCUGUGGAGUUGGGGAGUGAGGGAGAGGCCAGGCACAACAAAGUCACCUCCACAGCCAUCUUCUCUGGUGGCAGAGGAUACCGCAGGAUAGGCAGCUGCUCAGGAUCAACUGAAAACACACUGCUGGUGUGGCAGCUCCCUCUAACUCUCAGCCAAUGA